AUGUUAAAUGACGCGUUGCAAACGAUAUGUGCUGAAAGUUCAUUACAGCUAAAAACUCAUUACGUUCACCCGCUAGGUUACAUCAUCGACGCCGAGGUGAAACGAGAACUUGUUGAAGAGUCCGAUUCCAAGAUAGACAAUAUUUUGUCACCGAAAUCUGCUAUGUUCAUUCUGUUGGACCGUCGUGAUUGGACCAUGUUCAACAAGAAGCUUUGUGGUCCCCGGUUGAUGGCCAUCAAUCAUUUGACCAAGAGCGGCAACGCCGUUAUUAGCGUUUCGUACGGCCAGUUCUCACAGAUGAGAGAUAAAACUCAUCGAAUUCAGUACGUGAAAAACUUGUUGCGAAAGAACGGCGUGUUCGAUGCUCUAAAGACACCGCAACCAUAG